AUGGAGUUACGGAAGCAUAGGUCAAGCGGGACGUCUUUCCUCACCUUCUGGAUCUUUCUUCUACAGAUGCUAGGCAGCGCUCGUCGAGGCGCUGAAGGCCACGGCAGGUUGAUGGAUCCGCCAGCUCGCAACUCCAUGUGGAGGUUCGGCUUCCCCAACCCAGUCAACUACAAUGACAACGAACUGUUCUGUGGAGGGUAUGCAGUUCAGUGGGAACAAAACGGUGGGAAGUGCGGCGUGUGCGGUGAUGCUCACCAUCUAUCAAACCCACGGCCUCAUGAAGCAGGCGGCAUGUACGGUAAAGGUAUUGUCACCCGCCAUUACAGCGUCGGACAGGAAAUUGAAGUGGAAAUAGAGCUGACAGCAAAUCAUCUUGGCACAUUUGUGUUAAAGUUGUGCCCGAACAAUAAUGCUCAGCAAGAAGCCACACAGGAAUGCUUUGACAGAUACCCAUUAUACAUUGCCGAGACGCGAGAAGACAGGUUUUUAAUUCCCCUGGACACAGCUAAGAAGGAAAUCUUCAGGUACAGAGUGCGUUUGCCACCCUACGUUACCUGUACACAAUGUGUGCUACAAUGGACUUAUUAUACUGGCAAUAUGUGGGGUAUCUGCGAGAACGGAACAGAGGCAGUCGGUUGUGGUCGUUCGGAGACGUUCCGGAACUGUGCCGACGUCAGUGUGGUAACCAACACUGGUGGUCUCCCACCAGCGUUCGCAGGAGAUCUUAGAAGGGACUAUCCCUUCUUAUUGUACUACAGGGAUUAUAACAUGCCCAAGAAUAUAUACCCACUUGUUGUCAGGGACCAAGUGUGUAUGCCCACUAAAAAGUUCCGAGCGAUCCCCGGUAUGCUGAACUGGUGUCAGACCAAUUGUUUGCGGUACCCUCCCAACUGUCCUGAAGAUAUAUGCACUUGCCCGAAUACCUGCGAAGCUUUUGGGGAGAUUGAAGGUCGUCCAGGAGCCGAUGUAUACUGCAUGGACCAAUGCAUCGUGUACCCGCCCCACUGUCCUACCAACCGUUGCCAAUGUUAUUAG